AGCAAAAGCAAUUAAUAAUAUUUGCGCAUUUUUGAUAUAGUGCACCGGUAUCACGUAUUCAUUUCUCACAGAUAAGCUUAUAAAGUUGUUGAAUUAAUUUAAUUGUCAUAUAUAUAAAGAAGAAUUUAUGCCAAUUUGCUUAACAGUCGCUCAGUGCUUAUGAAAUUAUUAUCAACAAUGUCUGCGAAUAUUUAUCCAGUUAUCACCCUACCGGUUGGACAAAUACGAGGAAUUCAACGGCAAACAAUUUACAAUGACGAGUACUUUAGUUUUGAAGGUAUUCCAUAUGCUCAACCUCCCGUAGGAGAAUUACGCUUUAAAGCACCUCUACCAGCAAAACCAUGGUCGGGUAUAAGAGAUUGCGUUGACUUUCAAGUAAAGCCAAUGCAAAAAGAUCCCAAAACUGGUUUGGCAGUAGGAUCAGAGGAUUGUUUGUAUUUGAAUGUUUACACAAAACAGCUUCACUCUUCAGAAUCUUUGCCGGUUAUGUUUUAUAUAUAUGGUGGUGGGUUUUAUAAGGGCGAAGGUACUCGCUACCUCUACAGUCCAGACUAUUUAAUGCGUGCCAAUGUGGUGGUUGUAACAUUCAAUUAUCGCUUGGAUUCAUUGGGUUUUCUUAGCCUAAAAGAUCGAGAACUUCAAGUUCCCGGUAAUGCCGGCUUAAAAGAUCAAGUUUUGGCCUUAAAAUGGGUUAAGCAAUAUAUUAAAUAUUUCAAUGGUAACAAUGAAAAUAUUACGGUAUUCGGUAGCAGUGCUGGAGCUGCUAGCACUCAUCACCUUAUGCUCACACCUCAAACUGAAAAUCUUUUCCACAAAGCUAUUUGUAUGUCUGGUAGUGCACUCAAUGUUUGGGCAUGCAAGCCUGCUAAGGAUUAUGCUUAUCGUUUGGCAAACUGUUACGGAUAUCAAUACGAAAAUAACGAUCGUUUAGUUUUGGAAUUUCUUAAAACUUUGGAUGCUGAAAAGCUAAUAUUACAUAAUCUAUUCAAUGAGGAUAAUUUCGGACAAGAGUUAGCUUUCGCUCCCACUAUAGAACCGUAUCGCAGUGAUGACUGCAUUAUAGACAAAAAACCAGAGGCAAUGUUGCCCACAGCGUGGAGUAAUCAAAUACCUUUGAUAGUGGGAUCAGUGGCUGAUGAAGGUUUACUAAUCUAUCGCUCAUUGAGAGAUCACCUGGAGAGACUAAAGAUUUCUCACGAAGAGCCCGAAUCUGUUAUACCUCAAAUUAUUAAGAGCAAAGAAAAUUCAGAGUUAUAUAAGAAAUUAAUUGAAAUACAUUUUGGCCAUGAAGGACCUAAAGAGAAUAUGUUGCAAGAAUUUAUAAAGUUUUACGGCUGCUUUAUAAUCAAUUACGGUAUACAACGGUUUAUUACAUCUCGCUUAACUUAUUCAAAAGCACCGACUUAUCGCUAUCGCUUUGCUUUCGAUUCGCCCACUUUUAAUCAUUACCGUACUCUAUUCUGCGGCAACGAUUUAAAGAAAGGAGUACCUCAUGCCGGGGAGUUAUCGUAUCUGUGGUUUUCAUCAGCGUCUUGGAAAUUAGAUAGCAGCACAUUGGAAUUUCAAAUGAUAAAAACAAUUGUCGAUAUUUUUACAAGCUUUUCACAAACAUCAGAUCCCAAUUGUUUUGCUCUACAACCGACGAAGUGGAAACCUUUAAAUUCUUCUGAUAACUACAUGGCUUUAUUAAUUGAUCAAGUUAUAAAAUUCACUGAAAUCCCCGAGAAAGAUAUUCUUUCAAUUUGGGAAAAAUUAUUCCAAAAAAAAAAAAAAAACAAAAUUUCUUUCAACAAAGUACUUAUUGCUCAAGCGUCAACUGUAGAGCUUUCAAUCUCUAAGAUGUCACGCCACUUGACAGCAAGCUUUUCACAUUUUGAGAAUUUAAGAGUCGUUCAGUUCAAUGCUUACUCUUUAGUUAAACAUUUAAAAUCCGCUAUUAAACAUUUUCACUUAACAAAUUCUAAGAAAAGAACGAGUCUCGUAAUGCAAUCUGGAACAACUGAUGAGAUCUUGGAAAUCUCUCAAGGUUCAAUUAAAGGUCGAAAAUGCGCAUCUUUAUACGAUCAAAUUUACUAUAGCUUUGAGGGCAUACCAUAUGCUGAACCUCCUGUGGGGAGCUUACGUUUCAAGUCCCCUGUACCUGCCGGUGGUUGGUCUAACGUAAGAAAUUGCACGGAAUUCAAAGUGAAACCUAUGCAAAAGAACAACAUGGGCAUAAUAGAAGGUUCAGAAGAUUGCCUCUAUUUGAACGUGUAUAGCAAAGACAUAAAAAGUUUAGAAAAAUUACCGGUAAUGGUUUGGAUAUACGGUGGAGGUUUUUCAACUGGAUCGUGUAUUAAAGAUAAAUUCGGUCCCGAUUAUCUCAUGCAUGAAGACGUAGUUGUGGUUACUUUCAAUUACCGCGUAUCAGUAUUGGGAUUUCUUAGUUUAUGCGAUCCUGCUUUGAAAGUACCCGGCAAUGCCGGUUUAAAGGAUCAAGUAUUGGCCUUAGAAUGGGUUAGGAAAAAUAUCGUCCAUUUCGGAGGCGAUCCUAAUAAUAUAACUUUAUUUGGCGAGAGUGCUGGGGCAGCUUCAAUUCAUUACUUGCUCAGUACCGAACGUACGCGUCAUAUGUUUCACAAGGCAAUUUGUAUGUCCGGUUGUAUGCUAAAUAAUUGGGCAUUUAGUUAUGAUGCGCCUGUUUUAUCGUGUCUCGUUGCCUGCUCUAAGGGCUAUAAGGGUCCGAAAGAUAAUGAAAAACUUGUCUUGGAAUUCUUGCAACAUUUGCCAGCUAAUGAAUUGAUCGAUGUAGAUGCCAUAAAUGAUGAAGUUCGGGCCAGGGGUUAUCUAUACGCUUUUAUGCCAUCAUUUGAGACAUACGAGGCUGAAGAUUCCAUUAUAACUCAACCGUUGUGGUUAUCAAUGAAAACGGCUUGGGGUAAUGAAAUACCCGUUGUUAUCGGUGGUACAUCGUUUGAGGGUUUACUUAUGUAUCCAAGAUUAAAGAAGAGACCAGAAAUUAUGUCUAGGCUGGCUCAACAACCGGAAAAACUUUUGCCUGCAGACAUAUCCUUGUUUGGUAGAAGAAAACAAGUAAAAUGCUUGUCAGAAACAUUAAAAGAAACGCAUUUUGGUGAUAAGGAAUUGAAUGAGAAAAAUAUUUUACUUUUUCUCGAUUAUUUUUCUUAUCGCUUAUUCUGGCAUCCACUUCAUCGUGUCAUCGCUGCUCGCUUAAAGUACGCUUCAGCAUCCACGUAUCAAUAUUGCUUCGAUUUCGAUUCGCCCACCUUUAAUCAUCAUCGGAAUAUGUUUUGCGGUAACGAUAUAACUGAAGGUGUGGCUCAUGCCGAUGACUUAUCCUAUCUCUUCUAUUCCUAUUAUUCGCGACCAUUAAACAAUGAUUCAAAGGAAUAUUUAACGAUACUGCGUUUGAUUAAAAUAUGGACAACAUUUGCUAAAAACUCAAAUCCAAAUUGUGUUUAUGUUAACGAUUGGGAGGAGGUGAAGACAGCGGGUAUAUAUAAAUGGUUAAAUAUUGGCUCUGACGUGAUAUUCGGUGAUAUGCCCACUGGUGUAAUGAAUAAAUUUCAAGUUUGGAAUAAUUUAUAUGGUGAAAAUUUAAUAGAGUGAAAAAAAAAGAAAAAAUUGAUAUAUAAAAAUAGGAAAUCAU